AUGCUCAACAGCCAUACGCAGGCACCCUUGCAACGUUGCUCCCCCGAGCUUAUGCUGCAGAUCGUGUUAUCCCUCGACCUCAAAGAUCUCAUAGCACUGGCAUUGACGUGUCGACAAUUGGCUGACUUCAUCUUGCAUAACGAUCUUGUCUUUAAACGCCUCCUGCAACGCGAUUACGGCAUCACCUACAAACGCCCAGAUCAAGUUCAAUCGUGGAUCGACUUUUACAAAUCGCUGCACCAGCAACCCAACGCUUCACUCACCUGUUGUCGACACAUCUCGGAUGUCUCUAAUGAGCCUGCAGAAACAAAACGUGUGCUCUAUCGUGCUAUUCGAGACAACAGCUUCAAAUGUGAUGUAUGCAAUACGGAAAAUGCCGGCUUUUUGGACAUGCUACAAACCGAUACAACAGCUUGCAUAUCAUGCGUAAAGACCCCAGCCAAUCAGUUAUCAGUCGUUCUCGAAUGUUCAACAGGAAACAUGUAUUGCGUAAAGUGCAAGGAUGAUGAGCUGCAUAAGUUGGGCACAACGGAGAGCAAUCCAAACGAGCAAUACAAGGUUAAAACAGUAAUGGAUCAUAUGAAUGGAGCAGAAUCAAUCGACAAUCGGCGAAAAGCAGAGCAUUUAUUGUAUAUCCAAGAGCUGCGAAGGGAGGACAUGACACUCAAGCAUUAUUUGGUGGAAAAGAAUUGGGGCAGGACAUGGAUGGUGUUUCGAACUCGUGAGGGCACACCAUUGCCUGGUCGUAUCACAAAUCAAAAGUUGGCUCGCAGUAAUGGCUCUUUGAAUCCCAACAUUCGGCUUCCAGUUGACAAAUUUCGUCCAGCUCCUGACACCAAUGCUGAUAUUGUGAGUGAGAAGCUGUGGUCCUAUCUACAAAAGGCCUAUGGAUUACAGGGACGAGCUUUUAGUGAAGAUGAUCUCCAAUACCCCGAGUAUACACGUCUUCGUGCAUACAUUGAGCAUUUCAAGUCUAGUCCUCUAGCAUAUCCUUGA